AUGGCGGGUCAGUGGUUGCUCCUCUGGUGUCUCCUCCAGUUGACAUUCGUGUUUACCAUCUCGGCCAGCAAAACCCGCAUUGUGGGCGGUCAGGAAACAACAAUCGAUCAAGUUCCUUACUUGGUUUACAUGCGGCAAGGUGGCUUCUUUAUUUGCGGCGGUUCCCUGAUCUCGAUCAGAAUUGUUCUGAGUGCAGCCCACUGCGUCUCAGGUGCUCGGCCGGAGGAGUAUAUGAUUUAUGCAGGAGCAAGUCGCCUGGAUGAAGAGGCUCCUGUCAGUCGCCGGGUAGCCAGCUUCCACAUCUCGCCCAGCUACUCAGGCUCCAACUUUGACAUGGAUGUGGCGCUGUUAAAGCUAGGGGAAGCCGUUCACCUGAUGCCAGGCAAGGUGGCCAUCAUAGCUCGUUGUACUAAUCCACCGGAGGCCAAUUCCUAUGCCAGGAUUAGUGGUUGGGGAGUAACGCGGGAAAACAAUCGCAAUCCUGCUGCCCAGGUUCGCGCAGCCAUGGUGCGGAUUUUGCCGAUUGAGGAAUGCAGGCGAUCCUACGCUGGAGUGGCUCAGCUCAGCGACUCCAUGCUCUGUGCUGCGAUAAGGGGACUUCGUGACUCUUGUUCUGGAGACUCUGGCGGCCCUUUGGUGUAUCGCGGACAGGUUUGCGGAAUUGUUUCCUGGGGUUUUGGCUGCGCCCGCUUGGCCUUUCCGGGUGUCUAUACAAAUGUGGCCAGCAGCAGGGUAAGAACUUUUAUAGAGGAAACUCUGCGCAGGAUUGGGCAUUAAAAUGACUGGGCAAGGAAAUAAAAGCGAGU